AUGUGUACAUUGGACGCUAAACAGAAAAUUCUGGUCAGUGAUGGAUAUCCAAAAUACUCCGCCGCCAUGUUUUUUGAACUGUGGAAUACAACAAAUGGACCGGGAUUGAAAGUAUAUUAUCAUCGUAAUUUCACCGAGGAGCAAUUAGAAGACGUUACUAAUUUACUGGAUCAUUGCUCAGAAAACAUGGACUCGAAUGGUUUCUGCAAUUACAACGAAUUCCGCACAAAUGGGAUUGCUUAUUAUCCAGGAAAUGAAAAUAAGCUAUGUGAGGAUACAAAAUCCAAGAAAACAUUUUUCAAUCCAGACGAAAAUGAAACAAAAGCAACUUCAACAGUAAUAGUCAGUUUCCCUGCCCUGAUUUUAUUGCUUUCACAAGUGCCGAUACCCUGA